UUAACCAUUUCCUCCAUAAUUCCUAUUCACACUUACACCCGUUGAUUUGACACCAAUGACACCAUUAAUUUUUAAUGUUCACUAUUUAGUAGGGAAGUCUGGUAUAAAAAUGACAUGAAGACCUUUAUAGAUGUAUAUAAUCGACCACAUUUGUUACAAUCAAUAAUAAAAAUAUUAGCUUUCAAACACUGAGGUCUCAGGUCUGUCAGCUACAAUUAGUCGAUCAUUGGUAGAGAACACGAACAAUGGCUAGAAAUCCUGCAUCAUCGCAGUCAACAUCGUCAUCGAUCGUUAGUCAAGGCGGUGAUAAAGAUGGUGUCAAAUUGAUUCGGCAAAUGACUCUAAUUGAUUGUAUUUCGAUAGUGAUUGGUACUAUCAUUGGUGGAGGAAUUUUCAUAUCCCCUAAAGGUGUAUUGGUGAAUACUGGUAGCACUGGAUGGGCGUUGGUGGUAUGGGUCUUAUGUGGAGUAUUCUCUAUGUUUGGAGGACUGUGCUAUGCUGAGCUUGGGACAACAUUUAGAGUAUCUGGGGGAGACUUCUCUUUUAUCCUGAACGCUUUUGGACCAGUCCCUGCUUUUGUGAGAAUAUGGACUCGAAUAGUGGCUAUUCAGACAGGCUCAAGAGCGAUCAACUCUGUCUCUUUUGCGUUUUACGUUCUUUUACCCUUUUACAUGGGAUGUGAUGUACCCUUUGCAGUUACCCGACUAGUAGGAGCAGCUCUUCUUCUCUUGAUUGUAAUUUUCAACUGUCUUAGCGUCCCAUUGACGCGCAAGAUCCAAGUUGCAACAUCGGCCUGUAAAUUAUUAGGUCUUAUCGCCAUUAUUGUUGCCGGGGUUUAUCAACUUGCUAAAGGUAAUACAUCGAAUAUAGACACUGCUUUUGUUGAAGGAUCUAUAAAAUGGAAGACAAUACCUCUAGCUUUCUAUUCUGGACUCUACGCUUACUCGGGAUGGCAAUAUCUACCUUCGAUUUCGGAAGAAAUCAUCAACCCUGGCAGGACGAUACCUUUGGCGAUUAUAAUAUCCGUCAUCAUCGUCAUCAUCAUUUACGUUCUCACUAACAUUGCUUACUUCACUGUGCUAAACUCGGCUGAAAUCAUCGCUUCCAACGCAGUUGCUUUGGUUUGUCAUUUACAAGAUUGUUCUUUCGUGACCGAUCUCUUACUUGCUUCUUUUGCUAUUUUCUAUUUUAUCUGCGGAUGAUAUUAAUAUAGGGCCUACCACAACUACAUACACGUUAGUAUGAAGACGAUGAGAAGAGAUAGAUAUCUAUACAUACCUCCUGUCUAUAAUAAUUUGCAUUAUCGCCUGUCGUCAUGGCUUGGAGGGCCAAAAGGUUAUUUAUUGGUUCACAUUU